GGCCGGGCGCGUUGCCAGCUGGGUUAAUGUCGUGAGAGAGUCUCCGUGUACUGGCUCUAGUCUCCUGUCUCACUCUGCGAGUAACUGGAUGGAGGUUUAACUAUAAUGAGGUUGAGCCAGUCAGGGUGAGACUGCGGGACAUGGAGACAGGAGACAAAUGACUUAGUGUGGACGUAAACAUGGUGUAACGUUUAGGAGCCGCGAAGAAGAAUGUCAAGAGGAACAAUAGAGACUUCUGUUUUUAUUUAUUUAUUUUUUGUUAGCGGACUAAAGUAACCAGCGGCUACAGCGGCUAACGUUAGCUGUGUUAACGCGAGCUAACACCACAGAGACAGACCCUAUGCCUGUUCCAAGUAUCUUGUCUUGCUGAGUGGAACUCGCCAAUAUAAACUUGCCAUGGCCGCAGUGGUCAGCUUCUCUCCACCAUGGUGGGUGAAUGUGUUGCACAAAACCCCUCAUUUCAACUUCAGAUUUGAGCAGACCAGCAGUGAUUUCAGACCAGAAGACUGGACUUAUCAACAGUCCAUCCUGUUAAUCGGAGGUGUGGCGCUCGCCUGUCUGGCCCUGGACCUCCUGUUUCUUCUCUUCUACUCCAUUUGGCUGUGUUGCCGGCGGAACAAAAACGUGGAGCAGUCCAACGCUGACUGCUGCUGCACGGCCUGGUGUGUCAUUAUUGCAACACUUGUCUGCAGCGCUGGCAUUGCUGUGGGUUUCUAUGGAAACGGCGAGACGUGUGACGGAGUGAAUCGGCUCACAUAUUCCCUGCGCCACGCUAACCGCACAGUCACCGGAGUGCAGAAGCUGAUAUAUGACAGUGCAUUCUCACUGAACCACACAGUAGACGACAAUCUGCAGCAGCUUGAGAGCCAGUAUGCAGGGCAAGCAGACUACCUGUCCAUCACCCAAAAGCUACAAGGCCAGCUGGAGGAGCUGAUCAGACAGAUGGUCAAGAUUCCCUUUUGGGAAAACCCCAUCGUCUCCCUGGAAGAACUGGCUGUCACUAUUGAGCUGUAUGACUGGUUCAGGUGGCUGGGAUACAUCGGCCUGCUUCUGUUUGACAUCCUCAUCUGCCUUCUGGUGCUGUUUGGCCUCAUUCGCAACUCCAAAGGAACACUUAUAGGGGUUUGCUUGUUCGGUGUGCUGGCUCUGAUUAUUAGCUGGGUCUCCCUCGGGCUGGAACUGGCCGUCUCUGUGGCCACGAGUGACUUCUGCGUUGCCCCUGAAACGUACAUCACAAAGGUGAUUGAUCAGUAUGGAGUCAUCAAUCAAGAUAUCCUGCAGUAUUACCUCAGUUGCAGUGCGGAAAAAACAAACCCUUUCCAGCAGAAACUUUCGGCCGGUCACAAAGCUCUAGUAGAGAUGCAGGAUGAUGUGUCUGAGUUGCUGCGCUCUGCCGCCAGAGAGUACGCACAGACUAAGGGGAGUUUGGAGGAGAUCCAGGGUGUCCUUAACACCACAGAGAUCAGCCUGCACCAGCUUACCGCUCUGGUCGACUGUCGCAGCCUUCACAUGGACUACGUCCAGGCCAUGACCGGACUGUGCUACGAUGGACUGGAGGGCGUCAUAUACCUGGUCCUUUUCUCCUUCGUCACUGCUCUCAUGUUCAGCUCGAUUGUUUGCAGCGUUCCUCACACCUGGCGCGGGAAGAGCAGUGACGAGGAGAGUGAAGAUGAGUCCUUGAGCACCGGAGGAAGACAAAACCAUGAAAAUCUGUACCGGGUCCACAUGCCCAGUCUGUACAGCUGCGGCAGCAGCUACGGCAGGGAGACCUCCCUNNNNGCUGCAGCCCACACAGUCAGCAACGCCCCUGUCACAGAGUACAUAUCCCAGAACGCCAGCUUCCAGAACUCGCGCUGCGAAAACACGCCUCUGAUUGGACGAGAGUCUCCCCCUCCAUCGUACACCUCCAGUAUGCGAGCGAAGUACCUGGCCAACAGCCGACCAGAGCCCGACAGCCCCGCAGCAGCAACAACAGCAGCAGCAGCAGCAGCAGCAGCACAUUAGACCUCCCUGAAGUCUGAAGUCUUUACACACUUCACAUCCAAUCACUCAUAUCCAGUCAGAUUUUCUUUUUCAAACCUCCACAUCAGUUUCCAGACAGCGCCCCACCCUCCCGCCCCCUCUCUCUCUCCUUCCCUCCCCCCAGCGUUAGCUGACCCAUGAUAGAAAAACCAAAUGUGCUUUUGCCGACUGUACAAUACACAUAAGGAAUCGAACCUCGUCUUAGACAGAAACCUUCCCAUCAGUGGUGCAGGUGAAUUACAGGCAUGAUCUUUUCAUUCACUUGAACGCAGCGCCACAGCGUCGGGGAUCGCGGUGCUUGUAGACCGACCUUGAAUACCGUACUACUGGUCGUUCAUUGGUUGAUUUGUUUUGGGUGGAUUUUUUGUUGUAAAGUACUGUAUCGCAGCAUGAACUGAAAUGUCUUAACGUGCAUCGUCAGGAACAAAGGUCAACGUUCAAACAUUCCCAUCGUCCUCUUGUAGUUAUUGACUUGUAAUAUCACGUCCGUUUAUCUUUGUCGUUCAUCGUCUUUAAUCUGACGCCCCGGGACCCGGUUUUCCGGCCGCGUUGCAGAUCCUUCAGGGUUCGGAUGCUGUUUUUUUUUGUUUGUUCUGUUUUUAUCUUUAGGAAAAGACGUGAUGAGCCGCAGCAGUGACUAUAAACCUGUGAAGCUGUGAACUCGAUAACGCUCUCAGAGGAUUUGACAAAAGGACAAAGAUGAGCUGCAUGAUAAGAAUGCAACCCCUCCGACCCCAAACCCCCCCCAAAAAAACGUUUUUGUACUACUGAAAGCGAUUUUACUACGACGAUGAUCGAAGCACUGCAGUACCGGGAGGAGUGUUGCUCCCAGUCUUUAAGUUUCAUUUGCAGUUUCUUCACCAGACUGUUGGUCAUCCAUGUUUAGUUUAAUUCCCUGACCACACCUGGAUACCGUGUGUACAGAUAUAUACACAUAACCUUUGUUAUUGUUUUUGACCAAAGCGAGAGGUUAUGACUAUGAGAACUCCAGUUUGUGAGUUUUGUUUUCACCAACAUUCGUCAUUGUUUUUAAUGGAAAAUCUCCAGUGAUACGCAAAGAUUUCGUGGGAGAACUAGAUGAUUCCAACAUUUAUGAUUUAUAUUGGUACUUCUCUGUGUCCGAGUCCAUAUUAAUUGAUCACUAAGAAAUGACCGAGGCGAAGAGAGGCAAACACGACAUUCUAAGAUCGUCAGGAAAAAUUUUAAUGGAUGUCAGACUGAGCGAAAGUGAUUCAUUUUGAGAUGGUUUUCAAAACCACACCAAAACCACAGCUCUCUCAAGGCCUCGAGUCUGCAAACAGAGCUGGACCACUGUCCGUUUCUUAUACACGGUCUAUGAAUUCAACCUGAAUCACACGGUGGCUACGUUUGUUACACACACAGUGUAUGUACAGUAUUUCAUCUCAAGGUAAAAAACAAAAACAAACAUUUCAUCAACUGCUAGGCAGGAUUUCAGUGGCAGCACCAGACUGAGUGAUGCUGCUGCCCCUGCUGGUUGUUCUUUUCCUUCAGCAGUAAGUGAGUGAGCGCCGAUGCUGUAAACAGAUCAAUAUUCUCUCGUCUCUGUAUGAACUGGACAUCGUUUACCACUGAAGCCUGAGUUUAUUUGAACCAACUCAGUGAAUGAUUUUGGGUUUUUAUUUACUGUUGCUCUGUUCUAUUGGGCUGAAAACAAGGAUAUUGUGGUUUAAAAACAUUUCCUCUCCGAAAGACUGAAUUUUAAUGAUCCUUCCAUUCUUCCUUUAUUUCUAUGUGGUCACGUUGUUUUGCUUUUUUAUCCAAAACUCUUGUACAGAUUGUGAACAUUUUCAGACUAGGGUUAAAAUACUGAGCUUGGCAUUUCCUUUUUCCUAUUUUCCCUUAGCGGCUUAUUUUAUGGUUUCUAUUUGGAAUUGCUUUUGUAGAUUUUUUUUUUAUUAUUCUUAUUUAAUUUUAUUUUAGUAUCUGUAGCCAGUACAAGUUAAUGCUUUAUUAAUGUGAAUAUGAUUAAUAGAUUUUUUUUUAUUAUUAUUAUUGCAUUCUGGAUUUUUACUCACUAGAUUUUGACCGUUGUUUUGAUUUUCUACAUAUUUUUUGCCGUUUCUAAUUUGUGCACAUGUAAAACCUGUGGAUGCUUUUGUUGAAGUUGAAAUGAUGUGUUUUGAAAAUUAAAACCAACUUUGACUGUGGAGCCGUGGCUCGACG